GGCGGCGCACGUGCAUUAGCGGCCCUUGAUCGCUCCUCUCCUCUCCUCCUCCAGACUCCUAGAGGUCGCCAUCCGGAUGAGUCUCUCGCUGCUGGGUGCCGUGAGAGAAGAGCUCAGAGAGACUCACAACACUGAGGCGGAGCUGGGACUGGAUCCGCUCCUGAAGCCUGACUUCACUCGGGACACCCUCCACACACUCACCUACAGGAGCAGAUCAAGUCCAGGAGGAGCGUCGAGCGCGUCCCAGGAUUGACAACCUGUAUGAGGAGGACAGAGGGGCUGGUGACGGAUCAGUCCGGACUCGAUAUCAGGACGGGCGGUAGGGGAGCACAGCCGGCGGAGUUUAUCUGGAGCGGCGGAGAUCAACCCCCCCAUCCCCAAUACACAAACACACACACACACCCGGCCUGCUGCAGCCUGUUGCUGCUGUGUAUGUGAUCUUAUCAUAACAGCCGCUCGCAUAUCUCACACAUCUCAGCGACUCACGCGUCUGUAAGUAGUUUCGAGUUGUUUUGUCUUUGUUUAGAGGCGGGCUGGUGUGUUUUGUUUUGACUGUUAGCGCUCUGCAGCUGGCUAAUCAGUUGACGUUAGCUGUAGCAUACUCUCGUGUGUACAGCAGCCUCACGGACAAGAUGUAGUUUGAUUAUUAGACCUCAUUUUAUUAUUACAAGACAAAACAUGUGAGAUAAAAGGGCGCGAGACAUGAACCAACGGGUCUGGCAUAUUUAAUCUCCGCUUCCUCUCCAUGCUAACACAGAGUCACUCAUUCCGUGCGACAUAAUCCCGUGUAUUUCGACGAGGAGCUGUUUAAAUUACACUGCAAAACUGUGCACGGCACAUAAAAUGUGUGUUUUAUUGACUUCACUCGGCUUAUCUUGAACCAAACUGUGAAUCUGCUGGGUAACUCGGCCUUUGUAUAAGGAGAUAUUAAAUGGGAGGCUGACUGGAUUGAUCCUCCGGAUGUCCCGUGCUGUCACUGGAGUAAGUGGACAUUUGCAGGAGAACCGUUCCCACAGGGGCUUUUAUUUGACUGGUUUUGGUGGAUAGAGGCCGGGGAGCUAUACGAGCCAGGACCAGCCUGUACACCGUCGUUUGGCUGCUUGAGUGAGUCCCCGAUGCGGAGGGGCUGAGUGCUCCGGGACAUGCUGAAGUGUAUCCCGCUGUGGCGGUGUAACCGUCACGUUGAGUCCGUGGAUAAGCGGCACUGCUCGCUCACUGCGGUGCCCGACGAGAUCUACCGCUACAACCGCAGUCUGGAGGAGCUGCUCCUGGACGCCAACCAGCUGAGAGAGCUGCCCAAGCCUUUCUUCAGACUGCACAAUUUGCGAAAGCUGGGCCUCAGUGACAAUGAGAUUCAAAAGUUACCACCCGAAAUUGCCAACUUCACACAGCUGGUGGAGAUGGACAUCUCCAGAAAUGAUAUUUCUGAGAUUCCCGAAAACAUUCAAUUAUGUCAGGCCUUGGAGAUCGCAGACUUCAGCGGAAACCCCUUGUCCAGGUUGCCUGAUGGCUUGACACAGCUCAGAGGACUGGCUCAUCUAUCACUCAAUGACGUGUCGCUGCAGUCUCUACCCAAUGACAUUGGAAACUUGUCAAACCUGGUGACUCUAGAGCUGAGGGAGAAUCUACUGAAAUCUUUGCCCUCCUCUCUUUCCUUCCUGGUUAAACUGGAACAACUGGAUCUGGGAAGCAAUUUACUGGAAGUUUUGCCUGACACACUUGGGGCACUGCCCAAUCUUCGUGAGCUUUGGUUGGACAAAAACCAGCUCUCCUUACUACCUCCUGAGCUGGGGAACCUGCGGCAGCUGGUUUGCUUGGACGUGUCGGAGAACCGUCUAUCAGAGCUUCCCACAGAGAUCAGUGGCCUUAUCACCCUCACAGACCUGCUGCUCUCGGAGAACCUCCUGGAAGUCUUGCCAGACAGCAUUGGCUCACUUAAGAAGUUGUCCAUUCUGAAAUUGAACCAGAACCGCUUAGUGCAUCUCACAGACUCUCUUGGAGAGUGUGAGAACCUGACAGAGCUUAUGCUGACUGAGAACCUUCUCCAGUCCCUCCCUCGCUCACUUGGGAAGCUGAAGAAUUUGACCAACUUGAAUGUGGACCGAAACCACUUGAGCAGCGUGCCAGCAGAACUGGGAGGAUGUGUCAGCCUGAACGUGCUCUCCCUCAGAGAUAACCGUUUGGGAAAACUACCUACUGAGCUCGGCAAUGCCACAGAAUUACAUGUGCUGGACGUGGCAGGCAACAGGUUGCAGAGUUUACCAUUCGCGUUGGCCAAUCUGAACCUGAAGGCCAUGUGGCUGGCAGAGAACCAGUCUCAACCCAUGCUGAAGUUCCAGACAGAGGACGAUGAGCAGACUGGGGAAAAAGUUCUCACCUGCUACCUGCUGCCUCAGCAACCCUCAUCAAGCCUUGAAAAUCUACUGGAAAGGAGUGUUGAUGAAACCUGGCCCACAGACACUAAUUUGAACAGAGUAUCGGUCAUUCAGUUCAAGGACGACUCUAAACACGAAGAGGAAGAUGAGGAGACUGCGGCGGAGAGGAGGCAGGGUCUUCAUAGGAGAGCCACACCUCAUCCCAGUGAGUUAAAGGUGAUGAAGAAUGUCAUUGAAGCCAAAAGAAAUGAGGCUUAUACAGCCAAACAAGAUGAGGAUCUGGAGUCACCGGACUCUGAGGAGAAACGGUUGAGUGGGCUGUCAAAUCAAAGUCAUGACUCUCAGACAUCCAGCGGCACCGCCUCGGCCACUUCUCAGGAAGAGAAGCGGGGUGUAAACAGUACAGGUGUGGAGAUUAAUAAUGGACAUGGUCAAGAGGAGGAGGAGCUGGAUGAAAUGGAGGUGGAGUAUACUGAGCCUACUGUGCACUUUGCUGAAAAGCCCAUCAUUCGUGGUGGUGAAUAUGAAAAUGAAGACGACGAUGAAGACGCAGAAAUGAGCGAUGAGUACUCUCGAACGCCACCUAUUUCUGCAGAGAAACAGCGGCUCAUACGUAAAGACACACCACACUACAAAAAGCACUUCAAGAUCACCAAGCUGCCCAAACCCGAGACCGUCGCCGCCCUGCUGCAAGGCUUCAGUCAUGACGGCCUCUCACCUACUGCUCACACCCCUGAGGACGAGAGGAACGGUGAGGAGGAGGAGGAGGAAGAGGAAGAGGAGGAUGGAGUAAUGGUCAAUACCCAUUUUCAGCCCCGACUAGAAGCAGCUGAGCCUGAAGACAGCAGGCUGAGUCAGAUGAACUCAUCCCUGCAGCCAGUGAAGGGGGUGUCCUUUGAUCAAGUCAAUAAUCUGCUGAUUGAGCCUGCUCGAAUUGAGGAGGAAGAGCUGACCCUGACUAUCCUGAGGCAGACCGGUGGGUUAGGCAUCAGCAUAGCAGGGGGGAAAGGAUCUACGCCCUAUAAGGGUGAUGACGAGGGUAUUUUCAUCUCUAGAGUGUCAGAGGAGGGCCCCGCAGCACGUGCUGGGGUCAAAGUAGGAGACAAACUUCUUGAGGUGAACGGAGUAGACCUGCACGGAGAGGAACAUCGCACAGCUGUCGAGGCCUUACGCAGCUCAGGGGCAGCUGUGGUUAUGACCGUUCUGAGGGAACACAUGGUUGAACCGGAGAACGCCAUCACCACCACGCCACUGAGACCAGAGGAUGAUUAUUUCCCCCGGGAGAGACGGUCCAGUGGGCUGCCUUUCCUCCUGGACCCUGCCUCUCCUGCUGUCAGCGCUGGGCCUGCGCUGCGACUAACCACUUGUCUGGUCCGCAACGAUAAAGGUUUAGGGUUCAGCAUUGCUGGAGGGAAAGGGUCAACCCCGUACCGAGUUGGAGACACGGGAAUCUUCAUCUCUCGUAUUGCUGAAGGAGGAGCUGCUCACAGAGACAAUAUCCUGCAUGUGGGAGACAGGGUCAUAACAAUCAAUGAUGUAGACAUGACAGAGGCCAGACAUGACCAGGCAGUAGCGCUGCUUACCAACACUUCCCCCACCAUCACCCUCCUGGUCGAACGGGACCAGGCCAGUGCAGGGGGCGCCUCCCCUCGAACUCGACCUCAUUCGCCCCCUCCUCCAGAGCCGUCCGACUCACCUGAGCAAGAGGAAGGAGAUGAGCAGCUUGGAAACCAUCUCAACUGCCCCAUGGAAGACGAAUACCCCAUUGAGGAAGUGACUCUGAUCAAAGCAGGUGGUCCCUUGGGUCUUAGUAUUGUAGGGGGUAGCGACCAUGCCAGCCACCCUUUUGGAGUUAAUGAGCCAGGGGUGUUCAUCUCAAAGGUCAUUCCCAAUGGCUUGGCCUCUCAGAGUGGACUUCGCGUGGGCAAUCGUAUAUUGGAGGUGAACACCAUUGACCUAAGGCACGCCACACAUCAGGAAGCUGUUAGAGCCCUGCUAUCCAACAAGCAGGAGAUCCGCUUGCUUGUGCGCAGAGAUCCCUCGCCCCCUGGCAUGCAGGAGAUUGUCAUCCACAAGCAGCCUGGAGAAAAACUGGGCAUUAGCAUCAGGGGCGGAGCUAAAGGCCAUGCAGGCAACCCCUUUGACCCCACAGAUGAGGGCAUCUUCAUUUCCAAGGUGAGCUGCAGCGGUGCUGCUGCACGAGAUGGCCGACUGCAGAUGGGCAUGCGUAUUCUUGAGGUGGGCAACAACAGUCUGCUGGGCAUGACACACACGGAAGCAGUGAGGGUCUUGCGUGCUGCCGGUGACUCCUUGGUCAUUCUUGUGUGUGAUGGCUUUGACCCAAGAAACGCUGCAGGCAUAGAGGCAUCCCCUGGUGUUAUUGCGAACCCGUUUGCAGCAGGGAUUGUUCGUAAGAACAGUGUGGAGAGCAUCUCAUCAGUCGACAGAGACCUGAGUCCUGAAGAGAUUGACAUCAUGCAGAAGGAGGUAGAGAUGAUGAGGGAGACGUCCCAGUGGGAACGGGAGGAGAUGGAAAAAGUGGAGCGUAUGCGCUUGGAGCGCGAGGACGCAACUCGUUUGCUGGAGGAGGAAACUGAGAGUUUGAGCACUGGACCACUGAAACUGGACUACAAGACACUGGCUGCUCUACCUACCACUAGCCUACAGAGAGUUAACAGAUCUUCACCGUCUGAGCCUCACAGGAUUGACAGUCCUGUCCGAGAUGCUGCAUACUCUCCACACAACUCACAGUCAAACAUUAAUUUCCCUUCAAAUGCAAACAUCAAGGAUAAUUCAUCAACUAAACCUGGUGCCAUCCAUCCUCACUCUCGGGUGCGACCCGCUGUAUCUCCAGCCAGUCAGGAUGGCCACGGCAGUCCCAACCCUUUCCAGCAUGGCCUCUCUCCCAUCAGCUCUCAGACCACUCCUCGUGCCCCAUCCCCUGACACACAUGAGGAAUACCCCAUCAAUAUCAAGCAGGUUUAUAAGGCCUUCGCAGCUGUGCCACACUCCCUGGCUGUACUGGAAGCCCCACAGGAUCUUUACUCUCCACGGAACAAUUUCAGCGCAAAGCAAGCAUCACCAGAGCCUGAGCUGAAUAAUGAGGUGUUUAUGGAUGAGGCUAAGGGCAGUGGUCCUCUCAGGCCUCGUCCCUCCCUCUCAUCUGACCGCCACGAGUACAGCAGCCUGGCAGCCGUGCCACGCCUGUCUCGCCCCUCAGUGGAGUCGAAGACCCCCUCCUCUAUCAGCAGAGACAGCCCAGAGCAGCGCUCCUUCAAAGACAGGCAGAAAUAUUUUGAGAUUGAUGUGAAGCAGCAGACGCCAGACAAACCCAAACCUCGCAUCUCACUUGUGGGAGAAGAUGACUUGAAGAAAAUGAAAGAGGAAGAAGCAAAGCGAAUUGAACGGAGUACACAAGAGUUUAUGAUGGAUGAAGAUGAGGAGGAUGAGGAGGAAGAUCUGGUGAAGCAGGUGGCAGAUAUGAAGGCUCAGGGAAAGGUUAUGCUGGAUGGAGUGGAGUACAAGGUGGAGAGUUUAGGAAGCCACAGUUCCCCAUCUCUGAGGCCGUGUGCCACACCUCCCAGCCACUGGAGCAGCUCAGGUCCCUCCUCUGCGGAUGGUAAAGGAGACUCUCAGCGGAAUUCAAUGGAAGACAGUUUCAGACUGGAACAGAGACCCAACUCCAUGACGGGUUUGAUCCCAGUUUAUCCCGGUGAAUUUGUGGCUCCCAUUCGGACGGCCAAAGCAGAGCGUAGGCAACAAGAUCGAUUGCGCAUGCAGAGCCCGGAGCUUGCGGUGGCCAUGGACAAGGAGCUGUCGCCUGCUGAAAAACGAGCCCUGGAGGCAGAGAAGAGGGCUAUGUGGAGAGCAGCCAGGCCUUGUGGUCUAGAGGAGGACGUAAGGCAGUAUGAGCAAGACCUGGCUAAGCGGCUUUACCAGUCCCGUGUGAGGGCAUCUCUAGGCAGCGCUGCAGCCCUUCCCAAUUCCUGCUGCUCCACUUCCUGUCAGCCCAGGAUGAAGUCUCUGGAGCAGGACGCUUUGAAGGCCCAGAUGGUCAUUGCCAAGUCUAAAGAGGGGAAGAAGCGUGGGACGUUGGAUCAGCUGUCAGAGUCCCCGUCCCCUGCGCCCACACCCUCUCCAACACCAAUGGAAGAUAUCAGUCCACGGGCAGUGACUUCACCAGGCAGACCGUCCCUGUCAGAAAAGAAGUUUGACUACCGACAAUUUGCUGCCAUUCCUUCUUCCAAACCCGUUUACGACAUUCAGUCUUCUGGUGCAGGCGAUGAUGUGCACUUCAUGGAUGAUAACCCAGUGUCUGUUGUAGAUCCAGAAGUUUCUGUGGCCACAACAUCUGCUCUAGAGGAGAUGGCUCUCUACAGUAACAAGCGCAAACUACGACAGGGCCGCCACAGCCUGGAGGCUCCAGUGCCCACAUAACCGUACACUCACACACUACUGCAUCUGAACUGUGAAGAUAAAACACACAUAGUGAUCAUCUAAUGCUGAGAGAUGCCAAACACGGCAUAGAAUGCUCUGAAAUACACAUUGUACACCGAUAUUAUACCACUCUUAUUUCAGUGCUGACAACACGCGUUAGGAGGUGAGUCUCCCAAACAGUAGUCAGUUGAAAAGGGUUGCUCAGAUUUUAUGAGAGGUCCAGAGGAUGGCCGAUUGGUUUACCUAUUUUACCCUGUUUUUCUGUCUGUUGGCAUUUUAGAAGCAGAGUUAUUUUAAGAGAUUCUAUGCGUUUCUUUUGUAAACACUUUUAAAACCUCCUCUAGAGAUGAAAAUGUGGAAAGGUAGAAAAGGAGUUAUUUAAUGUAACUGUGCUCAUUUUUUGGGAGAUUCACUUUGCAGAUGACACACUGCUACCUUCACUGCCCCAUUUAAUCCAGACUUUCACUCUUGUUGCUUUAAUUCACAAUCAGAGAAAAAGUUUUUAUUCCUUAUAAAUGUAAUUUAUUAAUGUAAUAUACUGUUUUUAAUCUAUGGGAUUCCAAUACAAUAGAGGAACAAAUUGAAGCUUUUUGACAUAUAUAUAAGCUGAUUACUUGUGGUUUUGUGACUAAUUUAGAUUUUUGGGUUUGGGAUACAUUUUCUUGCACGCAGAAUUUUAGAAAUGAAAAUGAGGCCUUGGCGUAAAGCUUUAUUUCCCAUUUUCUAUCCAUAUCAGUUUCGAAGCUAAAUUUCUUUUUUAAGGUGAUGCAAAUGAAUGUAAUAUUUUUUUUUAAUUGCAUCUGACCUUAUUUAAAGAUCUACUAUCAACCUUUUCCUAAUCUGUAUGAUCAUGCCAUAUCAUAAAGACUGAGCUACUGAAUUGAGUAGCGUUGUUGGAAACCUUUUAAUUGAUCUCUAGUCUUCCUUUACUGGACUAGGAGAAUAAGAUGACGUGGAUAAUGGUUUUAUAAGAUUUUUGUUCCUUUGGUGAUCUUCUUCCUCAAGGACACAAAUAUGUAUUCUCCAUUUUAAUUCUGCAUCUUGUUCUGGGCCAUCUAUACAUUGAAUCAUUUCUACACACAGUGACCAGACUUGAGAAUAUCACUCUUUGACAACCCAUCAUUCACCAGACAUAACAUUACCUCUCCAUAAGCAUAAGGUACCACAUUGGGUGUGGGAGGAGGAAAUUUGGAGAGAACAUUUGGUCUCUAAAAACAUCUACAAAUCUUGCACAUAUCUUUUCUUUCUCUUGUUCCUGCGGUUGUGUGAAGGUAGUAGAUGUUUUCUAAUCUACAUUUUAAAUAGUUGAACUUUUAAAGCCACUGAAAAGCUCGUGUGAAUAAUGUAUAAAUGCUAAAAAAGAAAAAAGAAGCAAAAAUCAAAUCUGAGCCUUUCUGCCCCAAGAUCAAACUAAAGUCUGAAGGGUGUAGAUGUUUCUACCAGGGUCUUGACUGACUGAUCCCUGUGUUUGUAUAAUGGCUUAAUGCAAUCUUGCAAUUUUACUGUCAAUCCUGCGUGAUGACUUAUAUUAUUAUUCCUUCAAGUAAACAGUUUAAUUUCACUGUUCUCAAAUCAGUUGUUCACCAUAGCUGCCAUCAACACUGUGCUCCGGUGAACCGGUCAAACAUGACUUUUUUUUUUUUUUUUUUUUUUACUAAUCUUAGCUUUUGUGUUGCUCUUAUCAACUGAAAUUCAGUUUAAUAACAGUUUGGGAUUGCUCAUUGUAUUUUCUUUUUAAACUGUAGUUUGAUGGGGGGGGGGGGGAGAGUUGGUUUUCUUUAACUGAUGGGAUAAUGGGAUUCACUACAUUUUUACUUUUUCAAAACAGAAGAGUUUGAUCUCUCUUGUUGUUUUCUUGUCUUGAUUUAUUGUUGGGGAUGUUUUUUUGCGCUAAAGGGGAAGGUGGGACUAAAGGUCUGGGGAUAGAGCUCAUUCAGGACUGUAACUCGUGAAUUUGUACAACCAAAGAAGUCUAUUUUGUGGUUCAUGAAUAAUAAAGUUUACUUUUCAUUUAAAAACCUGA